AUAGCCUCACUUGUGGUGACUACUCUCGCUCUUAUGUUGCCAUUGUUCACCGUACUCUCUUCUAAUUCACCAUCAUUCCUCAACGAUCUGACUACGGAAGAUCCAGAAUCUCGGCUCUACGACGGCCAAGAAUCUCCUUCAGUAACAGAGCUCUAUCCUCAACGAAGUCACUUUGCACUGGAUGUCAAUUAG